AUGAACGAAAACGAAAUUGUUCAAGCUCUUUGGUCAUCAGAUGAGUUAUCUGAAUUUGAUGAUAGUGAUGCAGAUCCUGACUUUGCUUUGGAUUCUGAUACUGAUGAUGAUAUUAUUCCUUCGAAUAACUCACAUGAAAAUUAUGAUGCUUCUACUUUAAGUUCGUCUGGUUGGGGUCCUAUAAACAGUAAUGCUUCUAGUCCAGUGUUCAAUUCUGAGUCUUUUGGAAUCAACCCAGACAUUCUCGAAACACUUAAUGAUGGUACACCAUAUGACUUAUUUUCUUUAUUUAUUGAUGACGAAGUCUUAAAUUUAUUAGUUAUUGAAACUAACAGAUAUGCUCGUGAUUUACUUUCAACUCCUCGUGGUCCAAAAUCUAGACUCAAUAAAUGGGUUGAUGUUGACACAGUUGAAAUUAAGAGAUUUUUGGGAAUAGUUAUGUGGAUGAGGUUAAAUCCACUACCAACUUUGGCAAGUUAUUGGAGCAAAAAUGAAAUGUAUCAAACACAUAUUCCUAAGUAUAUGACCAGAAACAGAUUCGAGUUGCUUUUGAGAACUUUUCAUUGUUCAAACAAUCAAAUAUGUCCUAGAGGUGACAGAUUGUAUAAAGUUCGUGGUUUGGUUGAUAUGCUAGUGAGCAAAUAUAAAGUAUGCAACAUACCAGGGGAAAAUUUGUGUAUUGACGAAUCGGUGAUUCCAUUUGUUGGACGUUUGUCGUUCCGUCAAUACAUAAAAAAUUAA